UCUGGAGAGAAGAGUGGUACCACUGUCCCCCAGGGAGCCCCCAUGGCUGGGGGGGACACAGGGCCACCAGCCCCUGCCCACCACUGAGGAGCCACCAUCUGCAGCCAUGACUUGCCUGGGGCUCCCCAAGGCACCCCAGGCACCCCUGUCCCGCCAGCUGGGCAAUGCUGGCACCCAGCACCGGCCCCACAAGGAGCAGCGCAUUGUGUCACCAGAGACGGACAGUGGCUUCGUGGGCUCAGAGGCCAGCAGGGUGUCACCCCCUGUGCACACCCCCGAGCACCGGCCCCCCAGCACCGGGAACCCCAGUUCACUGGGACCUUCCAUCCCCAUCCCUGCAACCCUCCAUCCUCCAUGGAAGAGAGAGGUGACGCCACUUCCCCCUGAGACCACGGUGAUGGGCACCACAGGAGGGACCUGCCAGCCCCCCAGCACCCCCUCACAGAGCAGCUCCCCCCGACACUGGACUCGGAGCCCGGGCAGCGAGGCAGGACAUGCCCAUGGUGGUGUUGGAACUCACACGGACUCGGAGGUGGAAGGCAGGAGCUGUGCCAGCACUGGUGGCCACCCGGGCACCACCAGGGGCCCAGGCAGCCCCCCAGCAUCCCCCAAAACACCCUCCCCACCCCCGCUGGCCCUGGACCCACCAUCCCUCCACCUGGCUCACUGUGAUCUGCUGGGCUCCCGCUUGGAGCGCGACCAGGCCAUCCGGGAGCUGCAGGAUGAGGUGUGGCGGCUGCGGCUGCGGCUGGAGGAGAGCCUGCGGCAUUCCCACAGCUAUCCCAAGGGAAAAGGCACCCCGCGUGUCACCCUGGGCAGGAGGCAGCUGGUUACCAGUGCACCAUUGUCCUCCAAGGAUGCAGCACCCGUGGGGGAGCCGAGACCCCCGGUGCGGGGCAGGGUGGCCCCCACGAGGCGGGGGAGGUCGGUGUCACUGCCACGGGACAGGCCAGAGCUGGACCUCACCUCUGAGUCAGACCCCUCUCCCACUGGACCUCGGGUGACCCCCUCCCCAUGGAAGACCCCCCGGAGCCCCCCAGAUGCGGUGACGUUCCGGGGACAGCACACAGGGACAUGGUACCAGGCAGGGGUGCCACGAGCCAGCACAGCACCCCGGGAAGAGCUGCGCACCCCAGAGUGCUCCCAGUGCCGCCGGAGCAGGGCUCCAUCGGCAGGACAGAUGGGCGAUGCUGCGAGGCAGCCCCAGCACAGCACCCCGAGGAGGAUGUUCUGCCCUGCCUGCCAGGCACCCAUGGGUGCCCCCUCAUGUGAUGGAGCCACAUGCGAGCAUGGCCCUGGUGCCACAUCAUCCCCAGGCUCCCACACUGGUCCCCGAGCCCAGAAGCUGGAGCAACCUGGACUUUGGUACUUGGCCAGCCCCGGUACCAGCGCUGCCAUCGGCUGCCUGGCGCCAGUCCCCAUCGUGCCUUAUGCACCCUCUGUGCUCUACUGCUCCCCAGUGGUACCUACCUCACCCCACACUGUAGGGCAGCGUGGGGCAGAGCAUCCCCCCCGUUCCCCUGCUGCUGGUGCCCACCGCUGCCUCCCCCUGGAUCUGGAGGAGCUGGACUGGUCCCUGAGCAGGGCCAUGGCUGCUGCCCGCAGCGUGAGGGUCACCACCACCCGCAUGAGCAGGGUGCUGGCGGCUGAGCUGAGCCAGGCACGGAGCCUGCGCCACUCCUGCCUCUUCUGAGCAUCCUGCAGCCCCUCCUGCCCCUGCAGAAGGAGGAGGAGGAGGAUGGUGUCCCCUUCAUCGGCAUCC